AUGAGCAUCCUGGCGCAGCAUGUACGAGAAGACUAUGCCCAUGAUCAAGAAGCGCUCAAGGUUCGGCGUGAGACCGUCAUGGACGCUCUCACAGCGCUUGGCCUGGACCCGGCCCUGACUUCCUUGAGUCAGCAUUCCAGCCCCGGUCGCAACACCACCGCCCCGGAGGACCGCAGAGCCAGUCCCUUGCAAGAGGAAGCUGAGGAAGACGAUGAGCAUACCGAUAGACCUUGUCAUGACACCUCGGCUUCAGCCGAGACUGAUCCAGAUUCGAGGCACGCCACAACCAGCGUCGACUCAACUUGGCCAGACAAGACAAACGAUUCACACAACGAGUCUUCAGAUGAGCCUCACAAAUUUGAUUAUGGUAGUGAAAAUGAGAGCUCAAAUGAAGAUGCUAGUAUCCUGUGGCCUGCAGCUGAAGCUGAGCCGCAACAUCUUGCGCGUGUACCCUUGGAACACUCGGACCGCGGCUAUGCGCUUUCUCGAGGCAAACUCCGACGAGCAUCACUUCACGCUAAAAGUCAACAAUCCAAGUCCACAGAUAAUGUUGCUGAUCUACUCAAGGUUGUCGGCCGAUCAACACCGAUGAUUGACGUCAUUGAUGUUCCUGAAGCGCACGCGCCGUCCUUCGAGCCCACGCCCACUGACCCUGAUCCUUCCGAUGGUAGUGAGGCAGGCGACACAACUGAUCCACCGCUGCAGCUUGCCGUGCACUCCAUCACCAUGGAUGCCAUGACCGUGCCACCGGCCAAGACGGAGCGACGAGUAGCUAGUGCUGUUCGCAUCCAGGCUUGGUUUCGAGGAGCACACUGGCGUCGCAAGCAUCUGGAUAUCCAGAGCAUGUCGCUAUGGGAUCUUAAAACACCGCGUGCUCAAGCCAUUGAGCAAUUUCACGAGGACAAUGACCGUGCACUUAAAUCGUUUGGACUGGCUGGCAUCAAGGCCGUAGCUUUGGUUCGUACUUUUGCGGAUGCGCUUGAUGAUGUGCGAGGCGCCUGGCUCACAACACCCCCGGCCUCGUUGCAGCCCAUCACCUUUAACGGCUUUCUCGAGCAUACCAGGCGGCGACAUGCCGUGCAAACCGGUUUUCGCAAAUUUUGCGACAAAACCACCCAGGCAAUAACAUUGGAGGAGGGGCAUCGUCUGCUGCGCGGGCACCAUGACAUGAUCGGGUAUAUGCCAAAACAGACGGAAUUUCUGGCGGCUGUCAGCGUGGUGUUUCGUCAACCCGUUGAUAGCAUGGACGCCGUCGCCACCUCUCACUUGGAUGCGAGCGUACUCAUGUCCCGUGAUAUGCAGCUGCGAACAGCUCGAAGCUUGGAGAGCACGUGGUUGCAGCCGCGUGUGGACGGCCAGGACUCGUGGGCACUGAUGGAAGCAUCUCGAGAUGAGACACCGCUGAAAGCAGUGGUCGAUAUGAUGAUGAAGGAAAAGUAUGGCGCCCAUGCCGUUGCCUUGCAGGCUUUGGUGGACAAGCACCUCGACAGUAGCGAUGAGGAGGAGGCUGACUGA